AUGCAUCGAACCAAUGGCGAAGAGGAGCUAGGAAGUGGAACGUCUACCAUACAAGUACGAAAGAUUGCAGUGAGCGAUGCGUUAUCCUCGUCUGAAACAGUUAUGGACACUAGAAGCGAACGAUCGAAUCCUUUUUCCAACCAUCAAUGGCGAGCCGAAACCAAUGGAAAUAAAGAUACAAGGAGCCAUAAUUAUAAUAGCUGCAGUGUGGGACGCCCUCUUAUGUUUAUAUACCAUGAACCGGAAGAAGUUCCGGAACAAGAAGUCCAAGUUCAGCUACCAGACCUUCCUACACCUGCAUUUGGAGCAAAUUGCCCCGAUCUUGGCGUCCAAUGUCAACAUGCGUCCGACAACGAUAAGCCUGUUUCAAAGAAAAGUCAUGAUUCAAUUUCGACAGGAUAUCGACCACCGGCUUUUCCCUGGAGACCGGGAUGGGAACAUCUUUCCGAGUCUGGAGAACUGGAAAGUUGGGAACUGUGCGGAAGUAAAUCCGUGGUCUCAUCUAGCCGGAUUGAGGCCCGAUCUUCCAAUCAGAACUCGUACGAUCUCGGUCCUGAGCAGAACGGUGAAACACCCUUGCAAAAACUGCCAGAAGUGCCACGUCAGCUUCUUGACUUGUUGAAGGAUGAUCGCUUUGGGUUCCAUGAAAUUACGAGUGAAGAUUCGUUAGACGAAGUAUGGCAUGCAGACAUCUUGAGUACUUCUCUAGAAGAUUCGGUAUCACCAAUCCUCGCCCUGUGUUUUUGGACCAUUCCGGCUUUGUUGUUUGGAUGGUCUAAAGAACUACCUUUUUAUCCUGAUAAUAUACUCUGCAUCUUGGCGAAUGGUAAAAUGAUAUCCGAGAAGGAACUUGUCCAACUUGUAAAACAAGAUGUGGAGAGGAUUUUGGCAGAGCCAUGGAAGUGUUAG